CUUUCGAGAUCCAAGGUAUGGGGUUUCUUUGUAACCACCUUCGAAUAUCGUUGUUCCUUUGUGCUUUAUGGCAAACCGCAUAUCGCCAUCGUGCAUACCGGAAAUGGUGUACAUUGACAAUAAGACAAGAAGGUACUUGAAGCAGAUCUGUGACAAAUCUUCCCGUUUUCUCUCUUACACAAUCGCCCGCUUUUUAUCGAUACUGCUGUACAGCACCUUCUCUAUACUGACCUAAAACAAGUUACUGGUGCAUCUUACUCUCUCUCUCUCACAUUUGCUUCUUCUUUCCACAGAGCAUCGGAUCGAGCACCAAAAGGGGUCAUCAAGUGUACACAACAAUCGCUUCGAUCGCACAAUAUCCAUAGCCCUUCCAAACCUUCGACGACAACAGGAGCCGAAACACCGUUCUCAGAGGUCUCGAGUACAUCAAGCCAAGAUAUGGAUAGCUUAGCAAAAGAAACAAUGGGCCUCCCCAUCUUCAUCUGUCCCACGAACAACCAAAUAAUAUCAUCCGGCCCUCCUACCCAACAGCAACACAAACCCAAGUCGUCCCUACACCCUUCUUCUCCUGAAACCUCGACAGCAAACUCUACAGCCUACGACAGUAACAACAAUAUACCAGCAUCCCCAACAUCUUCACAAAUUUCACCCACGACUGCCUCUUUCUUCGCCACGGCUUCCGCAACCCGCUCUCCACCCUCCCCUCCCUUCUCCCCUCUAUCCACAAAACGGCCCCGUCUCGAGCGAACCACGACCUCAGAAACUGGAACCGAGAUCAGGGAGGCCAGACGAAACACCUACACCCCUCCCACAUUUUCCCCACGCCGUGAAAGUCUGUUGAGCACGAAGAGGUUAUCGCAAGUUUUUGAUUAUGCGAGUGGGGUUGUGGAGGGGGCUUUGAAGACGGUGGGGGAGAGUGUUUUCGGAGAGGAGAGGGGUGUGAGGGAAGAGGUUUGGAGGGAUGAUUUGGAGAAUGGGGAUAUGAAUAGAAAGGAAGAGGAACAGGGGGGAAGUAGGUAUAGGAGGUUUGGGGAGGAAGGGGGGUUCGAUGGGUGGUUGGAUUAGAAAGAUUGAAAUGGGAGAUUGUGAGGUGGAUAGAGGGAUGAUGAAGGCAUCGGAGAUGUGAUUGUUACGAGUUUCCAAUUGAUCAGUUCAACCUUCCUCUCAGAUCUCUCCUAAGGCCACUAAUAAACAAAGAAGUCAGGUCUAAUGCAACGGAGGC